AUGAAAUCCACCAUCCUAUUUAUUGUUUUAAUUAUUGCCACUGUUUAUUCACAACAAAUUGUAAAUGUACAACAAUUAUAUAAAACAUUGUAUAUUCAACACACACCAGAAGAUAUGAAUUGGUCAUUCAAUUCAUUGGUCAAUGGUGGAUUGUUGAUUGACAUGAAACAAUACUGUGACGCUGAACCAGGUAUCCUUUCAUGCACACUCCCCAAUAUCCCCGAUUGUGAAUCAAUAUCUCUUGUUGGUUCUAUUGCUGGUCAAGGUGAAACUAAUGUUCACAUGGUUACUGAAUUUAAUUGUACUGUCUAUCAUUUAGAUGAAUUUUAA